GGGAGGAGGAGGCAGGGGAGGUUAUAAACAGGAAGAUUGUUGCUGGGUGAUACACAGCAGUUCAACUGGUGACGGAGAUGAACCACACAACUUCUUGUUUGAAAGAAUAGCACUGCUCAACAUGGAGAAGAUUCUGGAGAAAAUAGUGGCCAUGGUGAGGCAAUACCCGGCCGGGAUCCCCCUGAAAAAACUGUCUGUGUUCUACAACCAGACGUACCACAAGAACCUGACUCUGUCCGACCUGGGCUUCAACUCCAUGCCUAAACUGGUGGCGUCUCUGGAUAGAUAUCUGGUCGUGAAGGGGGAACUGGUGUUUCACAGGGACCAUGAUGGAGAUGGAGCUGGAGCUGGAGGUGCAGCUGGAGGUGGAGCAUCAGCUGCAGCUGGAGCAUCAGCUGGAGGUGGAGUAUCAGCUGGAGGUGGAGCAUCAGCUGGAGCUGAUGCAUCAGCUGGAGCAUCAGCUGGAGCAUCAAGAAAAAAGGGCAGGAAGAAGGUUCUGGAGAAUUUAGUGGUGAUGGUGGAGCAGCACCAAGCUGGGAUCCCACUGAAAAAACUGGCAGUAUGCUACGGCCAGACAUACCACGAGAACCUGACUCUGUCCAGGUUGGGCUUCGAAUCCAUGAUCAGCCUGGUGGCCUCUCUGGAGAGGGAUCUGGUUGUGGAAGGGGAACUGGUGUUUCACAGGGACCAUAGGUGUGGAAGUCGAGCUGGAGCUGGAGCUGGAGCUGGACUGGACAGCAGACCCACAACUCCCCAGAGAGCUGGAUCAGUUGGAGAUAGGAGCAGCACCCCCACUCUUACUUUGCCACAGGAAGAUGUCAAACCUCACUCCGUGCCUCUCACUCAGACAGGAAUCAGUCUUGUUGGUCCUCCUUUGCCUCCCACUGCAUCUUUAUUCUCCACCCACUGUCUUCCUGUCAACCCUCUCUUUGCCGUGUGCAAGCCAGCUGAGCAGUUGACCCAGCAGCAGCUGUACCAGAGGGUCUUAGAGGUGAUAAAGAAGUACCAGCUGAGGACUCCAUCGAUGGAGCAGCUCCAGACCUGCUACCUGGAUCAGUUUGGUGAGCCGCUGCCUCUCUCACAGUACAUGUCUCUGUACAACAACUGGGAGGCGUCGUGCCUUAAGACUCCGCCCACUCCGGCUGAACCAGCAGCAGAUCGCAACACAGGUGUAUCACAGGCAACUGCAGAAGCAAACAGUCAAACAAGAGAGCCUGAAAAACAGCAGCAGCAGCCACCGGACGUCACCUCUGACUUCCUCUCUGCCUCCGAGUUUCCAGAGCUGGGGGCAGAGAUGAAGAAGAGCAAAGUGAAAGAUGCCGCCCCGAGAGGGGGAAGUGCCCCCGUCUUUAAAGAGGCUUAUCACGCACAGCUGAGAGAGGUGCAUGGAGAUAAUAUGAGGGCGUUGCAGGCCAUGGAGGAGGAGGAGGAGGAGGUGACAGGGUGGAGGAGGAACAGGCCCGUGGAUCAGGACAUGGUCAACAGUCUGAUGGAGGAUGUGAUCCGAGAGAUCGCUGCACAGGGAGAGCUGGUCACCAAGGAGAAGGUGAUAUCCAGGGUGUGUGUGCUGCUGCAGAUUUCCUCCCUGGAAUCUGCAUGGAUCAAACCCUGGAAGAUUCCAGCUCUGAAAGACCUCCAGUACAUCAUGAGAGAGAUCAACAUGUUCAUAGAGUCCACUGAAGCAGUGACCUCCAUCUGCACCCUGUACGAGCUGGGCCAGUCCCUGGCGGGUCUGAAGGACAAGAAGCGCUUCGAAGAGCUGAACCUGGGGCCCCUCUGCAAACUCCCGCUCAUCCACCGCAUGUUCAAGAUCGACAGCAACACCAAGGACGAUGACAUCCACCAGAUCGAGACAAUAGACAUCCUGAAGCAACUCCGUGUGUUUCGGAGGAAGCAGAACAAGCCCAAAGUCGACCUGGCCGAGUUCAUGAAGUAUCUGGCCGACCACUACAACUGUGAAUCCCCCUACGAGCUGGGGAUCAGGAUCCACAGUGUCGGGCUGCCCAUAUCAACGGUGCUGAAGGUGAGUCGCUGUGAGCACGCCAUCAUGGAGCAGGCCCGUGAGGUCAUCCAGAGGGAGCUGGUGGAGGAGACCCAGGAGCAGCUGAGGAAGAUCAAGAAGAGCGUGUUGGAUCCGGUUCAGGGAGCGAGCGCCUUCUCCUCCAGCGGCGGCUUGGACCUCAGGAAGAAAUACGCCUCCAUGCCGGCGGCCGACGUGGUUCUGGCUGUGUUCUCCAACGCGGAGGGGGUGUUCAGUCCUAAGAUGACCAAGCACGUCCAGAGCUUCCUGCUGCAGGUGUCGGGUGACCGACUGGCGAAGGCUCUGUUCCAGCUGGCCAUCUGCGGCGGCUCCCUGGCCGUCCCACAGGACCUGGUGCCCAAAGACAAGGCGCCAAAAACCGGCGCACAGACGACGACAGAGGACAAACCCGCCACGUCCCUCCCCAGUGAAGCCAAAGUGAAGCAGUACGUUAAAGACAGCCUGUCCUCUCAGAGCUCAGCCGUCACUCUGGCCCACGUCGCCGCCCUGGAGAGGAAGUUGACCAAACACUUCCAGGUCAAAGAGUUCCUGUCUUUGGAGCAGGGAAGCUUCUUGGAGUUCCUGGUGAAACACAGUCAGCUGCUGCAGGACACGCUGGGGUCCUCGUUGAUUGUGGGCGGUGGCGGCAUGGAGCCUGGGGGCAGCGGGUUCAGACCGAGCAGACAAGACGUGUUCGAGUUCAUCAAACAAUGUAGUGACGUCACAUCUACUGAUCCAGAUGAACUUUCCUACAUCGAGUCAGCGCUGAGGUCCCACUACAGGGUCCGGGACAGUCGGGACCUGGGCCACGGAUCUCUGCAGAUGCUGGCUGGUCUGGUCCAACGCCAGAGAGGCCUGGCGGGAGGAGGACUGAGCCAGGUCUACUAUGAGUCUGCACUGUUUGCCAAACACAGCAAAUCAAGUGCUGAUGGUGGGUCUGAGGCGGUGGGGCGUCUGGGUGAGAUGUCUAAGGCGCAGGCGCUGGCCAGCCUGCUGUCCUGCCCUCUGCUGGAGGAUUUAAGUGAGUGGAGCCAGUGGGAGCUGAUCUUUAAACCCAGUCACGGCUCCCUCAAAGAGUUCAUCGAAAGACAUGCAGCUAACACCGGCCUGGAGGCGUUGGAGGUCACUCCAGGGUCGCUGCUCAGGAUCACCACACACACGGGAGCCAAGCAUUUCUCCAGCGCCGCCAUGACCCUUGACCCUGUCGGCACUGCUGGUCAUCUGGUGUCCAUGGUGGUAGCUGAUGGGAUCGUCAAUGCUCCCACAGCCCUCCUGGCCAAUCACAUGCAGAGCUCGCUGGCAGCAGCCGUGGCUAAAGAAGAUUUGUCUCGGGCUGAAGACGACGUGUCGUGUUACAGCAGAGUGGCCGAGUUCCUCCUCGCCUGUUUGACACGAAUCCCUGCCAGAACAUGUCAGGCUCUGCUGCAGCAGGUGUUUCUGGAGCCUUUCUCCCGCGUCCUGGGCCAGGCCAAGUCUAAACAGGUCCUGAUCACCGUGGCCCAGUCCGACCCGAGGCACAUGAACUGUCUGCAUCGGCUGGGCAUCCUGCUGGGCAUCACGGACUGGAUCAAAGACUACCAGAAGAAACUGAACCCGCCUCAGAGCCACGGCUGCAGCUCACACACGGCUCCCGUGGAACCGACCAAGUUUAAUUUAAUAGACUCUGAGAGCAGCAGUCUGUCCAACCUGAACAUGAGUGAAGACGAGGACGUCAUGGACAACGGCUUCGUCUCCUCCCAGCUCAACCAGAGUCCAUCACAAGUGAAUGGAGAGCAGGACGUGACGGUUGAGGAGGAAGAGGAUGAAGAGGAGCUGUUUGAGUUGGCCUCACUGCCUAACGGAGAGACAUCGGACGUCAGCGUCGAAGCUGAAGGAGGCCAGGAGGAGGAGCAGUCAGACACGUCUGAUUCUAACGAGAAGGACGGCACCAGCUGUCCAUCAGAGACCACAUCGGACCGCCACAGAGCCGUCAUCGAGGACAUCAGGAAGAAUGAGUUUGGUAUCGGUGUGGAGCUGACCGCCGAAGGCCAGAAGCUGAUGCAGGUUCACCAGGACCGGCUGGGCCGCAGCCUGGAGCGACUCUCCACGGAGCUCUACAGCAAAGACACACACUUUGUCCUGGAGCUCAUUCAGAACGCUGAUGACAACAGUUACCCGUCAGAGGUCGGUGUCGUUCCGUCACUGGCCUUCGUGGUGGAGAAAGACUGUAUCACUGUUCUCAACAACGAGAUCGGCUUCCAGGAGAGAAACAUCAAGGCCAUCUGCGACGUGGGCUGCAGCACCAAGGGCAAACACAAAUACGGAUACAUCGGACAAAAGGGCAUCGGCUUCAAGUCGGUGUUUAAGGUCACAGACUGUCCUGAGAUUCACUCCAACGGCUUCCACUUACGCUUCGACAGGACGUGCGGCUCCAUGGGAUACAUCCUCCCCCACUGGACUGAGGACGAGAGGCCUCUGGACGCUCAGCUGAAGAACGUCAAUCACAUCAGCUGGACCACAAAGAUCUGCCUCCCGCUGCGAUCUGAGAGCCAUCAGACCAGAAACCUGUUUCAUGACGUGCACCCCUCCCUGCUGCUCUUCCUGCACCGCCUGCGCUCCAUCAUCAUCUACAACCAGAGUGAGAAGCGUCUCAUGACCAUGACUCGAAAAGAUCUGAGUCACGACGUGCUGGAGGUGGAGCACACGGAGGGCGUGGAGCGCUGGCUGGUCGUCAAAACUACGCUGGAGCCCAAGAAGAUCAAAGAGAACGUUGAGUCGACCGAACUCGCCCUGGCAUUCCAGCUCUGCAGCGACAACACAGGAAGUGACAUCAUAUGCCAGCCUCAGAAACAGCCCGUGUUCGCCUAUCUGCCCCUGCGGAGUUUCGGCUUACGUUUCAUCGUCCAAGGUGACUUUGACAUCCCUUCGUCCCGAGAGGACGUGGACAGAGACAGUUCCUGGAACCAGUGGCUUCGCUCUGAGAUACCGCAGCUCUUCCUCCACGCCAUGGAUGUCUUCACUAAUCACCCAGAGUUCAGGGGGCUGAAGGGUCUCUGCCAGUUCCUCCAGUUCAUCCCUCUGCCUGACGAGGUGCUGGACUUCUUCAAGCCUGUUGCCGGGCAGAUUAUUCAGCUGCUAAAGGGCAAAGCUUUCCUGCCGACACUCAGCUCAGAUGCUAAGGUCGUGUACAAGCUGCCGUCCCAGGUGGCCGUCUGUCAGGACCCCGUGAUCCGUGAGGUAAUUGGUGGAGACGAGCUCGAAAGACACCUGUCUCUGUCCUAUCUCCACCCGGAUUUGAGCCCCGCCCCGCCCACCUCCCUGCUCACUCACCUGGGAGUCCGACACCUGCGGGGAUCAGACGUUACCACGGUAACCACGGCCAUGGCCAAGGAGCUGAUGAAGGAGGAAGGAAUCCACUCAGACGCCGGUCUGCGGCGGCUCGCCAGGCUGCUGGUCUGCAACUUCCGAGCUCUGGAGCACGGCUACGCGGAGGCAGACUCCAUCUUGCAGACCCUCAAGGAUCUACCCAUAAUCCCCCUGGCUGACGGCUCUGUGGUGGCGCUGGGCGGUGGGGGCGUGUUCUUUCCAAUGGAGGAAGCCAGGACCAAGAAAAAGAAAGCUCAGGCUCAGACAGGGCCGCUGUCUGCACUGUACAAGGACGUGAACGUCGUUCAUCCCUCGCUGCUGAGCUGCGUGGAGCCUCUGGAGAGUCAGCAGGUUCGAGAGCUGCUCAGAAGACUGGGAGUCCACGAACUGGAGCCUCAGGAGCUGCUGGAGCAACACAUCUACCCCUCCAUAAGCAACAACAAGUGGAAGCUGAAGCCCGAGGCGGUGGUGGUGAGCUACCUGGUUUUCAUCAAGCAGCAUUCCUCCUCCAGUCAGUACUCAGACGUCGCAGUACCUGUCCUCACCAGCAGGGGUCUGCUGUGCCCGGGACAGGACAGAGUGCACUUCUCUGAGGAGUACGACAACAUCAACCUGCCGCAGGAACUGCCAGGCUGCGACUGGAUCUUACUGAGUCCCUGCUACGUGCAGACAGACGGUGAUGUGGCAGGAUGGAGGGAGCUGUUCAGCACACUGGGAGUCAGAGACGGUCUCAUCAUCCGCAAAGAGACACAAACGCUCAGCGCUAAAGAACUGGCCUCCAGCCACUGGUCAUCUGAAAGCACAAUGUGGCGCCUCAUCCCUGGGGAGGGCUGUGUGCUCGAUGACUACCCCUGUGAGGAGUUUCGUGCCCUGGCCACUGCCCAGCUGCCGGACGCCGUCCUCCUGCAGCAGAGGACGGCCUUACUGAAGCUGCUGGCCACCAACUGGGACACUGGGCACCGCUACUCUCAGUACCUCACAGCCCAGGUGAUUGACAGCGACGGACGAGCAAUCAAAGACACCACUUCCUCCUUCUCCCACGCCCUGCGUCGUCUUGAUUGGCUGCCGGCUUAUCGCCCGCUGGAGGGAGACAAGAGAGAGAGGAAGUUCCUGUGUCCCAACUCAGUCUACCUGACCUCACCUGAGGUCACCGACCUGUUGGGGACUCACGUCUUCUACGUGGACUUAGACCCCAGCGACUUCAGCAGAGCUCUGGGAAUGAGACAGAGCAUCUCAGUGGAGGCUCUGAUUACCUACCUGAAGGAGUGGUGCGUCAAACCCGAGGAGCAGCGACAACCUGAGGACGAGUCAGAGGGGGCGGGCUUCAUCUCCACCAUUCAGCACAUCCACAACAUGUACAGCUACCUGCACACAAACUGUCCCCAGAGCAGCCUGAAGGAGCUGUUCCAGCACACCCCUGCAGUCUUCAUAGAGUACAACAGACGAGCUGAUGACUGGUGCGCAGGACGCUUCUACCACCUGAAGGAAGUGUGCUGGAGCGACACGACCACCAUGUUCCAGCGCUACAGACAGCUGAUCCACAGCCAGGACAGCGGCGUCCAGGAGCCCAAACUCCUGGCUCCUUUCUACAGCCAGCUGGACGGCAUGAAAGACUUCUUCACCAGGCUCCUGAGUGUGGAGCCCAGCCCCAAUAUGAACCAGUAUGUGGGUCUGAUGGAGCUGAUCUGCUCCUCAUCGCCCAUCCCGACUGCUGAAGUGCUGCAGGAUGUGUCAGUGCUCUACGCCCGACUUGCUCAAAAGUGUAAAAGCCAAGUGUCUGGAGAACAGGAAAACACUUUCCAUCUCAAACAGAGUUACUGCUCCACUCUGAAAGGUAUGGUGUCUGAUAAGAGGGUCUUCCCCACCAAGGACAGCAGCUGGGUGAGUCUGGCACGUAAACCCAUGAUCGCCGACAACAGAGAGCUGGAGAAGAUCUUUAAACAUCACCAGCAGGUCUGUCUGCUCCAGCUGCCGCCAGCAGACAAGAAGGCGGCUCCGAGAGGCCGGACCGGGAACUCUGUCACAGGAGAGCGAGCGAACUCCGCCCCAGCCUUCAAAGAGAAGGACCGAUCUUUGUUUCUGGAGAUCUGCGGCAUCCGUCCUCUGUCCCACUGCGUGAAGACCGAGCCUGUGACUGAGAACCUGAGGCCCUGUCCGCCCAUGCAGGCCAUGGUGCGCUUUGUCGUCCCCUACAUCCAGAGGUUCCUCUACUACCACGAAGAGCUGGGUGACGUUUACUCAGACCUGAUCGACAACAACAUCGGAGAGAAGAUCAAGCGCCUUUACUUCGCACAGGUGGGGAAGCUGUACAUCCGCUACCAGCUGGAUGUCGCCGACAGCGAUGAGCCGGUGGUGGAGCUGCAGGACGUCAUCUGUCUGCUGAAGGACGAGAAGGAGCUCUACAUCCAGAAGGAUCACCUGACCGCUCGGCUGGACAUCUGCAGGGAGCUGGUGAAACUGUUCUGCACCGAGAGCGACCACAGAAAAGAGCUGAUGCAUUUCCUGAGCGCCCUGAUCACACUCAAUGAUGAUGGAGCUCUGAACAGACUGCUGCAGAAAGAGGACAUCAAAGAGCUGCCCAGUGAGGAGGAGAAGUGGGAGGUCCCCGAGCCCCCCAGACCAGAUAUGACCCUGGACAGAGGGCUGUCGAGGAGUUACUCCUCCGUCAGCUCCCUGGAGGAGCCGGCCCGCCCUGCACAGGAGGAUGGGGAGCAGACGCUGGUCUGCUGGCCUCCUAAAGCGUCGAUCCUGAACACAGGAGCCAGUCGAUCAGGUCAGACAGGUGGAGGCGUAGUAGAAGCCGUCAUGAAGAUGUGGCCACCUCCUGCUGCGCCUAAAGACCGGGACCCAGAGAGAGACGCUGGGCCCAGAGAAAGCAGCUAUGCCCCCCCCCAGAGUCCCAGCAGCUCUGAAGGAAACCAGCCACUCAGGAGCAGCAGACCUCCAGACCAGCCCCUCCCUCACAGAGCCCUCAGCCACCCGGCCCUUCCUCACCCUGCUGCUGCGACCCCCAACAUCACCUCCACACAACCACCUCCAGAUCACGGUCAGCAGAAUGAGACCACUGACAGACAGGAGGGUCCCCCAGAUCCCAGACCAGCACAGAGUCCUCCAUCUGCACAGCCUGCUGAGACCGUCAGAGAGCAGCCUGCUCCCAGCAGCCUCGUCGUCCCUGAGGCCGUGGUGCUCUCCAGUACGUUUCAGGGGACUGCUGACACUCAGCGCCCCCCUCUGAACCUGGACUUCCCCCUUUGGAACAAAGUCCAGCCCCCUCAGGCCACUCUGGAGGACAUGGAGCUCACCUGCCAGAGGCCCACCACCGUGGUGUUAUCUGACGACGCCAUGGACGUGGCGGCGAUUGGUGAGUGGGGAGAGCAGCUGGUCAACUCCUUCCUGUGCGACUGGCGGGACGGCGAUGACCCCGGACGCCCCGUCCAUGUCCUGUGGUGCAACCAGAGCGGAGAGAGCGGCCAGCCCUACGACUUCAGGCUCACCUUCGGAGCUGGAGGAGGAGCGGAGGUGGUGUACGUGGAGGUGAAGUCGACUAUUAAGAAGGAGAAGUCAUUCAUCCACCUCUCGGCCAACGAGCUGGACCUGGCUCUGCGGGAGAAGGAGCGCUACCACAUCUUCAGGGUGUACAGCGCCGGAGACGCUCACAACGUCCGUCUGGUUCGCAUCCGGAACCUGGCACAGCAUCUUCACACAAAAGACCUGGCACUUUACCUGUUUGUUUGAGGCUCAGUUUGUGGGAUAUUUGCACUAAAACUCACCACAGUGACAGGUCCAGUGUUUGGUUUCCUUUUUAACUUUAUCCUACUGCACUGGUUUUAGUUCUUUUAACUGAUGUACUACUGUAUCUUAUUAGUUUUGCACAUUCCUUGUUCAUUUUUCUGUCCAAAACAUUAUUUUUAUUGCCAACGAACUCGAUGUGUGUUUUCUAGUCUUUGAACUGUUUUAAAGGGGUCAGUGACAAACUGAAUGUUUUUAACCCUUUUUUAAUCCCCUACCUCACCUUUACUCCAGCAUUCCUUCAAAAUAAAACUCUUUUUGUCAACUAAA